AUGUCAGCAACUCGCAAACCCAUCCUCAUCUCAGGAGCCGGCCUGGCUUCUCUGCUUUUUGCCCGAUCUCUAUUACGUAGCUCCAUCCCCUUCAUCAUCUUCGAACGAGACCAGUCGAUUUCAUUCCGGGCUCAAGGCUACCGAUUGCGCCUCUCACUCCAAGGACUCGAUGCCAUCGAGGAAGUUCUGGGUCCUGAGGGGUUCCCAAAAUUCUGGGAUGCAUGCGGCAAGACCGGCGGGUCUAAAGGAUUCGCUGCCAUCGAUGCCAUCACGGGAGAGGAUGUGGUCGAUCUUCCGGAGAGGAAAGAGCCCGCCCGGAGCGGACCUGUGAGCAAGGAGGUUCUGGAGUCGCGAGAUGGGAAGACGAUUGGAAUUUCGAGAGGUGCUAUGAGAGCUUUGUUCCUCGAAGGUUCUGAGGCUCAUGUUGAAUGGGGCCAUCAGGUGGUUGGGUACGAGUUGACUCCUAACGGCGUCAAGGCUGUGUUUAAGGAUGGAUCGAAGUCAGAGGAAGGAGAUAUGCUGGUUGGAGGAGAGGGAAUCUAUUCCAAGGUGGCGAAACAGGUCUCCGAUGGCAAAAUCAAGACGUACGAUACUGGAGCGAGAGGUAUCCAUGGCCAAGCCCCGACUACCGCAUUCAAGGGGCUUGGAGAGGGAGUUUGGAGGGUCAUUGACGACACUAACCCUAACGGAAAGACCUUUGUUAUAACAAAUGUCAGACCGGAUGAUAUGGAUGACGAAAACAUUGACUUCGGCUGGACGAUGGGUGGUACUCCAGGAGUCAUACAACCGCCCAACAACGACUUUGCAAUCAUUGGAAAACCAGCUGCAGACAUUGCCAAGUCUUUGACGGCAAACUGGCAUCCUCGCCUGAAGCCACUGUUCGAGGAGAUGAGGGAGGAAGAUGCGGCGUUCUGGAAGAUCACCUGCUCGACUCCCUCAGGUGUUCCAAAGUGGAAGAACGAGCCAAGGGUGACGGUUAUUGGAGAUGCCGUUCACUCAAUGACUCCUGCUGGAGGAAUCGGCGCCAACACUGCGGUUCGAGACUCGGCCUUGUUGGGGCGAUUACUCGGCAAGAAGGGGGGAUGGUAUGAUGGAGUUACAGCAGAAUACGAGAAGGAGAUGAGAAUAUAUGGCAGCGAAGCAGUGGCGACCAGCUACGGCAUGGCCACAUCCCAGUUCGGGGUGCUGAUCGACGAGAAGACUUCACCCACGGUUGGCUGA